GCCUCGCGCAGGCCUCGCCCCGCCCUUGGCGCCCAUUGAUGACGUCACGGGGCGGGCGCGGUUCGAUGAUGUCAGCUCGGCGCGACGGUAACCAGUGGCUAUGGCGUUACAAUGCUUUAGGCAUCUGCACUCCCUGCUUCGUUGCUCUUCACUCACAGUGGUGAGGCGGCUGCCACAGCCCCCAGCACGCUGCACAGCUCUGCUCCUGGAUGGCUGCAGGCACUGCACCCACCCGCUGCUGCUAGCCAGGCCGCUGGCUACCAAAAAAGCUAAAGGUAAAGGGCAGACACAAGCCAAAGUGAACAUCAGUGCUGCCUUGGUUGAGGAUAUUAUCAAUUUGGAGGAAACCAACACAGACAUGCAGGCAGUGGUAGAAGCUCUGAAAGAAGAUUUCAACAGAAAUCUCAAUGUCAGAACCUCACAAGGGGCCCUUGACCACAUCAUUGUCACGACAAAAGAUGGGAAGUUUCCACUGAACCAGCUGGGGCAGAUCUCACAGAAGUCCCCUCAGCUCAUUGUAGUGAACAUGACCAAUUUUCCAGAGAGCACAGCUGCAGCUAUGAAGGCUAUAAGGGAGAGCGGAAUGAACCUGAACCCAGAAGUGGAUGGGACAGUAAUUCGGGUGCCAGUUCCUAAAGUAACCAGAGAACACAGGGAGAGCCUGGCCAAGCUCGCCAAGCAGUCCACCAACAAAUCCAAAGAAGCUUUGAGAAAGGUGCGAAGUAAAAGCGUCAACCAGGUGAAGAAGUUCAAGAGCAAAGUGUCUGAGGACACCAUCUGGCUGCUAGAAAAGCAGAUCCAGCAAAUGGCAGACAGUGCUGCAGCAGAGAUGGACAAGCUGCUGGCAGCGAAGACCAAGGAGCUGCUUGGAUAAACACCACACGUGGACACACUCCCCUUCCAGCAAGAAUGGGCUGCCCUGUAUCCGCUGCCAUCCCAGCCUGUGGCCAGGCAGCCUCUGGUGAUGGGCAGGGGUGGCUCUCCCAGACCCGGGCGCUGGGACCCCCUGGCUGCUGGGAUUUCUGAUCCCGGAUUGUAUGGGAGGGAGGGGGGGAAGUCUCUGCUGUUCUUCAUUCAAAUGUCAACAGAAUUGGGUGAAGUAAGAUUAAAAAUAAAAUAUUAAGGAUAAUUGGAGGUUACUAAAAGGAUUCCCACCGCGUAAGCUGUGACCUAGGAGGUAACACUGCCCUCUGCUUCAGGUAGCAGUUCAGCAAGAGUUGAAGCUCAAGCCUCCAGAUGCAUGACCACCUCACCAGUCCAUUUCCUGCAUGUCUGACCCUUGGCAGGCUGCAGGCCCACUGUGCAGCUCUGCUCUGUUGUUUCUAACAACUCUCAACCUGUGCUGGUAGAAGAAAGCACAACAUGAAGGGCGUACCUAACAGUGUCCUUGUGUGAUCCUUGUCAUUUAUUCUUGCUCAGAAUAAAGUCCAAGUCAGCC